AAUAAAUAAUAAAUAAUAAAUAAUAAAUAAUAAAUAAUAAAUAAUAAAUAAUACGUAGUAAGUAGUAAUAAGUAAUAAGUAAUAAGUAAUAAGUAAUAAGUAAUAAGUAAUAAGUAAUAAAUAAUCAAUAAUCAAUAAUCACUAAUAAGUAAUACUACCUCCGUUCCUUAAUGCUCUUUACGCUUUGGAAUAUGUGUCAAAAGUAUGAAAACUUUGACCGUGGAUUCUCACUGUUAUCACUAGUAGAAAAAUCGACAUGUGCUUCUCUUCAAGUGCGGCUCAUUUAGUAAAUUGGCAGCACUUGAGAGCAAAAAAAAAAAAAAAAAACAAUUUCACAAGUGCGGGCUCAUUUUAAAAAAUUGGCAGCACUUGAGUUCAAGUGCGGGCUUAUUUCACAAAUGACCCCCACAAAAUAUUUCCCAAUUUUAUUUCAUUUCGCGCUUCCCCACUUCCCCACUUCCUCUUCUCAGGUUACUGCUUUUCCCUUUUCUCUCCUCCUUCCCUCUUCUCUGGUUUCUCUGUUCCUCCCCCUCUCUGGUUCUCUGGGCGCGAAACUCAACAACAUCACUCAGCAUACACCGGCACGACUAGUCGCGUCGCCAACGAUGUUCCCCAACCGGCGAAUUCUUCCUCUUCUCGCCGCGGCCGCAGCACACAGGCAUCGCUCAUCCUUAUCUCUUUUAGGUUUGUAAUUUAAAAUUAAUUUUUUUUUCCUAUAAUCUUGUUACUGUAAUGACGAAUGCCUAAUUUGUCAAGGUUUUUCGAUUGCGUGCUCGAUUUUGCUUCUACCUACUUCCGGAUCGAUUUAACUCAGGAUUUAAAUAUGAGAUCAUGGGUUUUACUGGAUGAGAUCAACUUGGCUCAGCAAUCUGUUUUGUAGUAUUAUACCAUGUUAUGUUGAUAUAUGUAAUAAACUCCAGCACCUUGUUGGGUUCGCGAAGUUAGUGUGGCCAAGGAAACACUUGUGGCAGCAGUUGGAUGAUCGCCUUGUUGAGAUUGCUGUAUCAACAAAUCAAGAACUUCGUUUUCUUUCUAUGCAAGGUGUUUGCAUGACAUCUUCGCUAUUUGGUAAAUAUGAAGAUGGGGACAUCAUGAAUAAGUUACAAGAGAUUUAUGAGGUACUCAAAAAUUCAAGGGAGGAGCCUUUCACGAUUGAAGAGAUAAAUGAAGUUCGAGAAAAGUUGGCAAACAUCAUUUCUAGUGUUUGUCUUUGAUAUUUUCUUGUAGUGAAUUUUAGUAUUGUUUUUGAUAUUUCCUUGUAAUGAAUUUUAGGUUACGGAUGCUAGUUUUUUAUGACUGUUAUGUAAUCGAGUUUUCAACUGUACAAUUUAAUUAUCUAUAUA